AUGUUCCCCAGUGGCCUCUACAUCAACUCUCGUCCUACCGUGCUCUAUGAGCCACGCCCGCGGGCUGCGACAGCCUCCACCUCUACUUUGGGAUCCGCGAUGCCGCCUCCGCCCCUCACCAUCCCCAGAAAGCAAGCUACUCAAGAAGCCUCGAAUGCAGGGCGGCGCUCAGCCUCACCCAGCUUCAGCUGCAUUGUUGACAGACGAGGGAGCUUCACAGUGAGCGGCUCAGAAGAGUCGUACAGUACCGAGGAUGUCACGAAGGCACUGAGGUACAAGCAACGCAUGCAAGCUCGGCGCGCCUUGCAGAAUGUGGCUACGGAGAAGGCAUAUAUUCUCCGGGGACUCCCAGAGCUGGUUCCAUCGUACUCCUGGUCAUGUGCGUCCUCCCCUGCAAGCUCGCCGCCGCCAACGCCGCGCUUGCGACCGGUGGACCUACCCUUCCCUGAGCAGAGUCGGGACUUGGUAGCGUCUGACGCUAAUUCCUCUGAAGGUGGCUACUUGGGAGUCGCCGAUCGGAUCAGACAGUAUGAAGAACGCGCGAGAGCAGCCUACUCGAGCCACUCCCCGUUCGGCGCGGUCAAGAAGCAUCGGCCAUCUCAGUCUCGCUCCUCCAUUGUGCAGCGCGAUCUCUCGAGGCCCUCUUCCAGAAGCUCCAUGGUGUCGCCGCCACCUUCGCGACCGGUGACUCCCGCUUCCGCCAUCAUGGACAUGGUGCGGCGUCUACCCCCUCUCCCUCGGUUCAACCCGUUCAGGAGGGCACGUGCGGAGUCCAUGUCCUCUGUCGUGGAUAUCGGUGAACGUGAACUCGGGGGAUCCUUCUAUGGGAAAGACAACCUUCCCCGUAGAAGAUGCAAGUCGGAGCCAUCGCGGCCGAGCGCACGAGUGGAUUGA